UUACGUCCGCACCAAUUAGAUUUUUUCAUAGGCCCUUAAUUAUUUUUCCUACCCACAAUGGCUGAAAAAUUAAUUAAACAGCGCGGCUCCGUAAAGGCUAAGCUUACUAGUUUCAGCAAUUACAUGACAGUUAUAAAAAGCUGCAAACAACUCUCGGACCUACAGGUUCUCGAACUUGAAGGUCGAUUUAAUAAAUUUGAAAGCUUACAUGAUGAAUUUAAUGAUUUACAGACCGACAUUGAGCUGCUAUCAGACAAUCCAGAGGAGGCCUAUGCCGAGCGCUUCAAAUUCGAAGACACCUUUUAUCCGCUGGUUGCACAGGCGCGAAAGCUCCUGGAGGCCAGUCAGCAACUUCAGAACAAGCUUUCUGCAGGUUCCGUAUCAGGCUCCGAGGUAUCAGCUGUGGUGAGAGUGGUGAGCGACAAAGGUCAAAGGUACAGCGCCAGAGUCCUGCUCGACAACGGUGACUGACAACGGCAACAUUACCAGAUUGGAGCGAUUCCAAAGAGUGGAGUUCAUAAGACAACAUUUCUGGAAGAGAUUUAACACAGAAUAUAUAUCUUUGCUACAGCAGAAAACAAAAUGGUCCACAUCCAAAGGGAACAUCACUGUGGGGAGCCUGGUUCUGGUGAAGGAUAAGGCGCUGCCACCUCUCUGUUGGCUGCUGGGUCGCGUCGUGCAGACCUACCCGGGCUCCGAUGGCGUGGUGAGGGUCGCCGAACUGAAGACAAAGAAGGGGACUAUCCGCCGUGGCUUCAACAAUAUAUGCCCUCUACCAAUUUCUUGAAGUUUCCACUUCAACCCGGGGAGCAUGUCUACUCACGGACAUUGCCCGCGGGCGGCGUGACCGGAGGGAGCGGCGAGCGUUCGGCGAACGAACGAGCAAUGUUCGGUUCGCGAGCGAACAUCGAAGAAGACGAUCCUGACGCACUCUCUUCAACGACCUUGCACUAAACGGUCUCGAUAACAUUGUAAAUUUAUAACUUCCGAAUAGAUAAUUAAUUUCAUACAGUCCACUCUUUUCA